UAAUUACAAUUUUUUUUUAAUAAAUUUAAAUAAAAACAUGUCACACUAUUGUUUAUUUCUAAUAACAUUUAUCACAUUAAUUGUUUUUAUCAAUGCUUACAAUGACUUCGGCGGCGGUGGCGGUGGCGGUAGUGUUAGACAAAAACAAUUUCCGUUUAGAAGAACCAGCAAUAAUGGAGGUUACGGUCGCGGCGGCGGUGGAGGAGGAGGAGGAAUGGGUGGCCAAGGUCGCCGAAAUGGUGGUUAUGGUCUAACACAACAAGGCCGCGGUGGCGGGAGAUUUAAUGGUCAUCGAGGAGGUGGUGGUGGUGGAGGAGGAGGAGGAGGAAGACGAAGAAGAGGAGGAGGAGGAGGAGGAGGUCAAGACUAUGACGACUAUGGCGACGGUAUUAAAAGUUAUUCAUCUCUUGGCGGCAAUUUUGGUGGCGGCGGUGGUGGAGCCGGUAGAGGACGAGGAUAUGGAGGAGGAGGCGCCGGUCGAUUCGGUGGUGGCGGUGGUUAUGGAGGUCACGGAGGUCGAGGACAGGGAAUGGGCGAUGAUUUUGGCGGCCGAGGCCAGAGAUUUGGUCAAAAUAGAUUGGGAGGCGGCGGUUAUGGCGGUGGCGGUAGAGGCGGUAGACGAGGAUAUCAGGACAACGGUAUUAGAAGUUAUUCGGCACUCGACGGUAUCGGCGGCAAUGAUGGACAACAACAACAACAACAACAACAACAGAAACCGACGAAAAACAGUUAUAAUGCCGGUGCUGGUGGUGCGGGUGCGGGUGUUGUCGGAAAGUAUGGCAAUCAAUUGCGCUACUAUUACGACUCAAAGGGACAGCCACUGAGCGAACAGGAGUAUAAUAAACGUAAAAAAGAGCCGCUGAAGACCUACUUUGACGGCGACGGCAAUAAGAUUACUAAACAAGAAUAUGAUAGGCUUAAGGCGGCCGCUGGUGGUAGCGAUGAUACUGCCCCUCCCGCUGCCGCUGCUGCUGCUGCUCCUGGUGGUGGUGGUAAGGCUAAAGGUAGUAAAGCUGGCGGUGGUGGUGGCUAUCCUCAGCCGCCAGCACUUCCCAUUAGAGGUGGUGGUGGUGGUGGUGGUGGUGGUGCCGGCGCUCGUGGUCCAUCGCCAAACAUCAAUAGUGGACAACAACAAGGAAUGGGAGGAUAUGGUGGUGGCGGCGGUGGAUAUGGAGGUGUAGGAGUAGGUGGUGGUGGCGGCGGUUACGCUCCUAAUGGUAUCAAAUCGUAUUCGUCUCUCAACGACGACGACGACGACGACGAUGAAGAAGAGGAGAGACGAAAGAGACGAAAGAAGAAAAAGAUACCGAAAUACGUACUAAACGAUAGGGGAGAGUAUGUAAAAAACGCUAGAAAAGGCAACCAAGAAGAUGGUGGCGGUUGGUUUGGCGCCUGGGGUGAUGGAGGUGGGGCUUUCGGCUAACCCCUAACCCCCCCCCCUUCACCUCCAACCCGCCGGUUCCUAUUGUAUCGUAUAUAUAUACAAACAGUAUAACAGUAUAUAUAUACAGUAUAUAUACGGUAUAUAUAUAUAGGUUUUAUGAUGUAUU